CAUGUGGAUCAUACCUUACAAAGUUUUCUGCGCCAUUAAUUGAAGAUAUUGCUGCGCUUAGAUCUCGUAAUAUAGUGAACCGUGUUCGUUCAGAAGCAGGAGUUGAACCAUCAUAUAUGGCAGCAUGGAGAAGUCUAACUGCUAAUAAAAAAUCAAAUCCUGGAAGUAUUUUUUCAUUUGAGACUGAUGCUGAAAAUCGAUUUUCUCGUGCAUUCCUUUGUCUACGACCAUGGGGUGAAGAAAAAUUUGUUCCUAUAGCAUUCACUAUUGCCUCUGUUGAAAAUUCAGAUAAUUGGAUUUGGUUUUGUGAAAACCUGUAUAAAGCUCUUCCACUAAUGAAUUCAAACGAAUCC